AUGACUCAAGAAAAUGAAAGAAUGAAUCCUUGUGAUAUAGAUGAAGUAGAAGUCAGUUCGGAUACAUCUGAAAAGGAGGCCAAAGAAUCCAAGACACACGGAUCAUUAGAGAAUUUUGUGCCACAGAUAUACCGUGCUAAAUUCUUCGGAAAUACUUCCGUCUCUGAGCCUCGUGGUGAUUUUAUUUGCGAAAGCUCACUAGGAUUACUUAAAACUCAGUUGCUUACAUCAAAAUUACACAAGAAAAGAAUUAGGAUACGUGUAGACACCAGUGGAAUUAGUGUUAUUGGUUCACGAAAUUCGACAUUACAUCAUGUGCAUAAAUUUGAAAAUAUUACAUUUAUUUGGACUGACCCCUGUGAUUUACAAUCAUGUGGAAUUAUAGUUAAACAACCAUUAAUUGGGGAUAAUAUUCAUCAGUUUUAUGGUUAUAAACUUUAUCAAAAUACUCCGAAGUUGAUUGGUGUGUUAAAGCACAUCUAUUCAAAUCUUGAGUUACUACCGCCUAAUGAAGACAUAUUGAGUAAAUCAGAACAUUCUACGGAUACCAGGAUUUUCGACACUACCGAGGAAAAUAAUCCUGAUUUGAUUCAGUUAAUAGAUAUUAGUGACAACACUGUCUCACCACACCGAAAAAACGCUGACAAUGAAAAUAUUCAAAAGCAAUACACAAGUAAUGGACACAACAUUCCGUACAAUAAAGAUGGUGAAAAAAACUGGAUAACUUUCGAUGAUCAUUUUGAAAACCAAGGGAUUAGCUGGGAAAACUCUACACCUAAAAAUCUAAUGUCUCAAAAUCUUCAUAAUCAACCAUUUGGUAACAAUGAUCUACAUUUCUUCUCACAAAUCAAUAUGAAUAAUCAAAUGUCCAAACAUAAUUCUAGUCCAUUUAUGGAAAUGAAUAAAUGUACAACACAAAACACUCCGUAUUUAAAGUCAUAUUCAACAACAGCUAAUAUUUGGUCAAAUAUACCACCUGCUAUUCAAACCACUAAAAUAUCCCCAAUGGAUGAUAAUUUUUGUAGCUGGACAACAACACAGCAUAUCCAAACUAAGCCAAAUAAUGUGUAUACUAAUAAUAAAAAUGCUACCAAUAAUCCAUUUUAUAAUUUACCAGUUGGUGACGCUCAUUUAAAUGUAAAACAAACUUCUCCACUUGAUACAAUAUUUGAUAUAAAAUUAUUUAACUGA